AUGUAUAGCUUUACGAAUUUCAUUUUAAUACUAUACGUUAUUGGAGUUUUGGAAACAACGUUAAUAAAAGCUUGUACAAUGCAGCCUGUAAGAAAACUACGAGAUCACCAUGAGCCAUAUGAACCUGAAGAAAAAAUUACGUCACUAGAAAAUGGCGCACUAAGCACAUCACACGAAAAUUCUAUAAAAGACUGUAUUGGAGGAAUAACAUUCAUACGGAUAUUAAAGAAAAUGACAAAUAUAAUACCAGUGCCACGACGAAGUUCAGCAAUGUCAUCCAUUCUAAACAUAUUGCAGUUGGUAAUGGGCUUUUUGACGUUUAUUCUGGACAAUUAUACUCCCUACUUAGUACCAGCUUUAUGGAAUAUAAUAACUGGUUUGUUCAGGUAA